CAUGGCGGCCCAGCGGAGGAAUUUGAUGCAGAGCCAUCAGAGCUGGACAGAUGACCUGCCGCUGUGUCAGAUGUGCGGGGUUGGCACAGCACCCAACUGUGUGUACGCCGCAGAGGGUAAAGGCACCGAGAGCCACCCCAACGAGGACGGACACCUCAGGUUCAGAGGCGAGGACGGCUGUUUCCUGUAUGGGGUUUUUAAUGGUUAUGACGGCAGCAAAGUGUCCAGCUUCGCCUCGCAGUGUCUGACGGCCGAACUGCUGCUCGGACAGCUCAACUCCAGCCACACGGACAACGACGUCCGCAGGAUCCUCACGCAGGCCUUCGACGUGGUGGAGAAGAGCUACUUCAGCACGAUAGAUGACGCUCUGGCGGAGAAAGCUCACCUGUCCAACUUCAUCGUACCACACAAUGAGAACGUGUCAUUCCAGAUUUCGUCUCAGAAUCAAAAGGUGCAGGAGCGUCUGAAGGAGCUGGAGCAGGAAGUGUCAGGUGGAGCUACGGCCGUGGUGGCGCUGAUCCUCAACAACAAGCUUUACAUCGCUAACGUCGGUACCAACCGAGCACUGCUGUGCAAGUCCAGCAGCGACGGCCAGAACCAGGUUCUCCAGAUCGGGCGACCGCACAGUACUGAUAACGAGGAAGAGCUGCAGAGACUGGCUGCACUGGGAGUGGAUUCGGCUCGUAUAAGGCAGGCGGGGCAGAUCGCUGGCCAGAACAGCACCAGGAGGCUCGGAGACUACAGGGUUAAACUCAACUAUAAUGAAAUGGACCUGCUCAGCACGGCCAAGUCGAAGCCAGUCAUCGCAGAGCCGGAGAUUCACGGCAGUCAGUCUUUGGACAACGUGACGGGCUUCUUGUUGCUGAUGUCAGAGGGCCUCAUCAAUGCACUCGAGUCCGCCCACGGCCCCGAACAGGCCAAUCAGGAAAUCGUUGCCAUGGUAGCAGCAGAGCUGGCUCAGCAGACCAGCCUGGAGGCGGUGGCUCAGUCGGUGGUGGAGCGCAUCAAACGGCUGCACCACGAUGCUUUCGUGUCCGGCCGUCAGAGGGCAGCGCUCUGUUCCCGGCACGAGGACAUGACCCUGCUCAUCCGCACGCUCAACUACCCCCUGGUCGACGGAGCGCUGACCCCCACUCAGGGCGGUCGUAUCUACCCGGUGUCAGUCCCUUACUCCAACAGCCAGAGCACCAGUAAAACCAGUGUGACCCUCUCCCUGGUCAUGCCUUCCCAAAGUACCCUCACCAACGGGACGAACACCGCCUCCACUCUAGAGGAAGGCACUCCGACGCCAGGCAGCCAGAGCCCCACAGCGACCCUCCAGUCCACCAACACUCAGACGCAGAGCUCCAGCUCCAGCUCGGGAGACGGCAGCCUGUUCCGCCAGAGGGGCAGCCAGGCGGCUCAGCCUGACGAGACGGGCAGGGUCCCACCAUACGUGGACUUCAGUCAGUUCUACCGACUGUGGGGGACCGACCACAGCGACAGCCAGAGCACCCAAGGAGGGCUGGGACCCCAGUGAAGGGAGGAAGAGGAGGGUGCCAGUCGGACCAGCUUUUCUUGUUAAAAUGAGGCACUAUGGAUUGUGAAGGGACAGUUUGGAUGAAUAAAAGAACGCUGUUAGUGUAUCAUAGCUAAAAAUAGGUGACCUAAAGGUGCAUGGGGACGCAUCGAGGACUGGAGGUGGGGGUGGGGGGCGGGGUUCAAGGUCUUGCUAUCAAAGAGCUCAUGAUGUAUUGGGUUAGAGAAUAAUCCCUUACAGAGAUGUGAGUAAGAGUGAAAGUGGUGCCACCAACGCUGCACACUAAGAGAUGACCUCACCUCUUCUGUAAUAGAGGCGGGUCAUGAUUGUGAAUAUAUGUAAUCCAGAUUGUAGCCACUUUUGCCAGAUGUAAAAAAAAAAAAAAAAGGAAAAA